CCGACUCGCCAGGAUUGUGGAGUUUGGCCUGAAAUUUCAGUUGUUUAUUGGGGUUUUUUUUGCGGUGAUGAUAACUUCAAAGAGAAUGUCAGUGGUAUACAAUACAGAUAAGAGCUUAACUGACUGCCUUAUAAAAUGUUGAGUCAGUUUCGGGAUGCUAUCAACAUGGCAAGCAUCAACCUUGUUUUCAAGAACUGUAUCCAAACAGAGUGUCAUUGCAGGGAUUUCAGAAUGGGUAUUAACAUGCAGGUGUUCAAUCCAGAUUUCAAACAGGCACUGUCAUAUGCGUAAUGAAGGAAAGGUAUCGGGAUGGGAGUGGCCUUUACGCAGUAAAAAUUAUGGUCCUGGAAAGUAUUUGCUGUUGGGUAGAGAAAAAAAAUUAGAGAAGGGAAACUGGUCACACUGUUUUCAGCAGAAUAGCAAGUAUGUAGUGCAAAAGGACUUGCAGUGGAAAACUGAAGGUGAAGGUUGGGCGUCAGAAUCACAUCUUUCAGUUAAAAGUUUAGUUCGCAGUUCUGAAAAUAGUGUCGGUAAUGGAGUUGCAGCAGAGGUGAAGUACAAAAGCUAUAGCAAAAUGAGAUCGUUUCUCAGACUUAGUCAUCUAAGCCAUAGUCAUUUACGCCAUGGAAUAUUUGCAGAUCAUAACGCCAGGCACAUUCACACAUUGCUUAACUUAAAGAAUGGUAAAGGUUACAAAAAUCCUGGUCAUAUAAUUUUGAAAAGUCAGAAUGUUGUAGAUAGGAAAGUGGCAAAACGGUUUAAGACUUCACAUCCAUUCUUUAAAAAGUUAGCUGUAUUUUUUUUUAAAGAAAAAGAUCUUGAAGCAAAGGUGAAAAAGCUGAAAAAAUUGGAUGAAGAAAGAUUAAAAAAAGAAGCUGAAGUUAACAGUUCUCUACUAGAAAGUGAUGCAGAAAAGUUGCAGGAAAAAGAAAAUGCAAAAAGAAAAUCGACAGCAACGUUAAGUAAUCUUAUUUAUGGCUGCUUAUCAUCUAAGCAUCUCCUGGAUUUAAUUGUACCUUGGAUUGAGAAUAAGGCAGUCUCUAUAGAUGAUACUGUAAAGUGCAUUGAGCACCUGAACUCUUUACUUUAUGGUGAAAUCAUGGAACAGUAUCCAGAUUUGCCUUAUGGAAGUGUUGCUUUGAUGUACUAUAAUUUAACGUUGCUGCGUGUUGAGGGAAAAGUUUUUCGUACGAUACACAGUCACUUUACAUUUCAGACAUUAAUUACAUAUCUCGAACAAAAUGCAGAGUCUCUGUCCAAAAAUAAAUUUGGGUCUUGUUUUUCAUGUUUAACGCAUCUGGGUGUUUCACAUUUAGAUCCUGUUAUGACAAAAUUUUACAUGCGGAUAAUGAAUGGUGAUGAAGAAGGUUAUUCUAUGAUAGAUAUAGUCAAUUUAUAUAAUGCUGUAAAAAGCCACAAUCAUUCAGAUUUGGUUAUAGCAGCUUAUGUAUUACCAAAGUUAAGACAGUGUUUGAGGGUGAUGGACGGCAACACUGUAGAUGUAGACACUUUCCAGGCUUUAGUGUAUUUAGCGGAAAAGCUACAAUAUGGUUUGAAGGGAGCAGAUGAAGUGUCCCUUUACAGUUGUAUCUACAAGGCAAGCUUAGAGACUGACUGUCUGGAUGACUUGAACUGUGCUUGUGAACUUGCAUUCCAUUUGAGGAUUUUUAAUCACAAAGAACUCCCAAACCACAAAAAAUAUGUCAUUCAGACAUUGUCUGAUUUGUGCCUCCAGAAACUUGAGGAAAGAACAGGGGAACUUUCUCCACUAAAAAUAAUGAAGUUAAAACCUUCACUUUUUAGAAGCAGUUACAGAACAAGAAUGAAUAUGAGGUCUCGGGUUGAAUAUUUUCUAAAGAAAAGAAUAAAUGAACUGACCUUACCUGAAUUGAUCUGGCUUCUGGCAGUGCCAGGUCAUGCAGCAGUGUCAAAACUAGAACCUGAAGUUAUAUCAGCAAUACGUAGUAAGUUCAGAAGGUUAGACUUACCAAAUUUGUUUCUAACUUUCUUAUUUCUAGAGUAUUCCCAUCUCCAGGAUCCAGUCAUUAGCGAAUUAAUUGCUGGGAAAACCCUCGAACACUUAAGAGAAAUUUUCCAGAAUGAAAAAGUAUUUCAUAUAGCUAUACGUUUUUAUAGCAGAAGCUGGAGUACUUUUGGGAAAUAUCUGAACAAAGAGUUUGAGCUGGCUUUUCAAAAUGCCAUGCUGGAAACAUACUUGAACAGCUAUUAUGGCUUGAUGGGAAGUUUUGCAUCGUACGUUUUGAUGAUACUACCCAGGUUUCACUCACUACAGCUACCUGUUCUUCAUAUGUUGAACGAAAUAUCGAAACAAGACGUUGCCUUCCAGUAUCUUCCUUCAGCAAAUUUGUUUUUUCUGAUUUUACAUUCUGCUUCUUCGAAAAGCUUUCAGAAUUCACAGAAAGAUGACAACUUCCUGUAUAAUGAAAAUCGGUCAUUGUACGACACCGUUUCGUUUCGAAUUUACUAUAUGUCUUUAGCAGAAUUGUACAGAAGAAGGAAUAUGUUAGAUCUGUUUUUAUUAAUAAAAAACUUUUCAAUGGUCAACCAUAAGAUGGACUUUCUGAUCAAAUCUGUAGCAUUGGAAAAAAUUUCUAAAUCACCUCUACAGAGUAUGAGUGACUUCAGACUGGUUUGCAGAAGUAAAUUUAUUAUGCACCUACUUGAAAUAAACGAGGGACAAAAGAAAAUGUUUCUGAAUAAUGUUGUAACAUUUGCACUUGAACAUAAAGAAUUUUUUAUGUUUAAAGAUUGGAGAGAGACUGUGAAUUUUCUAGAUGGUUGUAAAUACAGUGUGGGUGAUGAUGAUAAGGAUUUACAGGACUUAUUGCAGACAGUUAUUAAUCAUGAGUUUACAGUAGAUGACAACUUCUGUAAAUUUGUCAACCAAUGCAGUUCCUUAGGUCUUGAUGUGAGUAGAGCGCUAAAGGCCAUUUUCAGUGUGGAGUAUCUAACAACAGCGGAUCAGCUCAUUGCAGACAAGGUUCUGAAAGAGGAUUAUAUGAAGAAAGCUUUAUGUCUGUUAAAUCAGAGAGUGUGUAUAAGCUAUCCAGCUUUGAAUGUACCUUGGUUUCAAGAAAGAGAUGAUGUAUUGAGGACUUAUUCUAAUCAAAUUGACUUCUGGAAAUCUAUACCGAAAGAUCUGGUUAGAGCUAUUACCAAGAUAGCCGGUGGUACACAGUUUGUUGGAAAGGAGGUAUUCUUGGAUUAUGGAAUUCCAGCAUGGCGGGUACUCAUAAUAGACCAAAAUAACAAGCUGGUUAAGUUUAGUACUAGAAACUUGAAACUUGCCAAUGAAAUGAAAUAUAGAAGGUUGGUGAUCAGGUAUAGGAAAACUCAUGAAAUCUUUGACCGGCAGUCUCAGUUGCUGAAGCAAGUCGGUUACAGUUCUGUUGUGAUAUAUAGAUCAGAAUUGAGUUCCAUUGGACUUGCAAAGCUUGAUGACAGACUUGAGUUUCUCAGAGAGAGAAUAUUUAAGCACGAAGGUGACGUGCAUGCUCCACCAAUGGUGAACUUUGAACGAGUCAGCAGUCAAUGGAGAGAUUUCCUUAAAGCUAAACAGUAAUGGACUCGCCAAUCCGGCUUUAGACUGUGAAAGUAUGGGUUAUAUAUUUGAGUCGUCAGUGGUUAAGUGCAUGAUCCAUGGAUAGUGAAUUAUAAAUCUGUCAGCAAUCAGUAAAAGCACUUUGUCAGUCUGGCUUUACCAGAUAGAACUUCAGACUGUGAUAAAAAAAUAAAGGAUGUGUGUUUUGAUUCUACAGUGAUGAAACAAAUGAUAUGUCAGUACAGAAUUUUGAAUGUGUCAGUAGUCGAUGGAGACUGUUUUAUCCAUCUCCCCAGAAUGGGGAGGGACUUGCCCUUGCCUAUCUGUUUAGCCAACCCAACAAAAUAUUUAUAUUUCAAGAAGUUUUUGAUCUAGAGUCAUGAAACUUGUUAGAAAUGUUGCUCUGCAAGUGUUGUUCAACUGGGUUUUUGUUUUUCUUUCAUCCAUUAACAGCACAGUUGUUUGCCCUUGAAUUAGUAUUUUCAAAGUUGUGAUCACACUGCUGAAAAUAUUUAUGAUAUACAGAUAUGAAAUAUAUAGAGAUAUAUAUUUGUCAGUUUGCGAAGUUGUACACUUGUAGUUUAACUCUUACCCUGCUAAGUUUCUAAAAUGGACUCCUCUAUCUUUCAAUUUGGACAUUACCAUUUAUAGUUCAUAGGGGUAUUCACUGAAGUUACUGACAGAACAGCAAGCAGUGCAGAUCAAGAUCAGACUGCAUAGAUGUGCAGGCUGAUCUUGAUCUGCACUGGUUGCAAAGACAGAUACAAUUGCGUUAGUAUGCUAAGAGUUAAGGUCAGGGUCACUGUUACCUGAAAUACUGUUAUAACAAAUAAAUACAGUGUAGGUUUAAUAGUUUUAGUUUGGAUUAAUAUGAUAAAAUGAAACUUGUCCUACACGAGUUUUUUUUUUUUAGAAAAUCCAAGAUUAGGUUUAGUUAUGAGUUCCCAGCUACCUGAAAGUUCUAUUGUGGCUGAUUGGUUUAAAGGGUUGAUCUAUAGAAGCUUUUUUAAAAGUUUAACUAUGCACAAGUAACAGCCAUAAUAAAACGACAUGUUGCAAGCAAAUCCAUGAAAGAAAUAGGUUUAAUGAAUGCCAUACCUUCAAGGUGUUACAUCUCCGUCAUUGACAAUAUUUAGAAAACUAUAAAACUAUAUACGGUAUGUACUGAAAGGUGUAAAGAUACAUAAAUUCCCAAAAUAAGAAUAAUUUCAUCUGGCCAAAUUCCAGCUGUAACCAGUCCCUUAAAGAGACCCUGUUGUGUUCCCUAGACAAUACACAAUGCAUGUUAAGUCACUGUUUCCUUUUCAAUAUUAAUCUAAAGGUUUGAAAAUACUUCAAUAUAAUGUGAUCUUUUAUAAUAAUUGUUCUUUUUAGACCUAAUAAAAAGAACACAAACCGUUUUUGUUUACCUGUG